AUGAAUAAUUCUUGUUCAGAAUAAAGACUUUUUUGCUUUAUUUGUGUAAAAAAUAACCUACAUUCUACUUAUUAAAGGGAUUGGGAAAAGAUGAGUUCGUUAAAGGAAAAGUUUUUGUUACCAUAAUCAAAGGAUCGGUUGGAAAUUGUUGAUUCUUUAGAAAUGUUAUAGUAGCAGAUAAAUCGAUUUGUUAACAAACUCAAAGAAAUUCUUAAAGAGAAAUUUGUUUUAUCACCUGAAAAGUUAAGAGAAAUGAGUGCUAAUAAAAUGAAUGACUUUUUAUCAAUACUUUUCCAAUGCUAAAUAGAAAAGUAGGCUAUAUUAUUGGAUAUCAUACUUUAAAACACACAAAAUUUGAUUGAAUCAUUAAAUAACUUGAUAAAAGAUAAUUAAUAAUAAUUAAAUGAAAGUAUAAUAUUAGAUUAAAAAGCUCAUACGAUAGACAUAAAUUAAUUUAAUGAUCAUACAAUUUAAAUAAAUUAAUAAAAUGAUAGCACUAUUAAUAUUAAUAAAAAUAAUAUGAUUAAUAUGAACUUAUAAAAAUUAAUGAACAAGAGGAAUAUUUAGCUAUUUGUUUCAAUUAAGAUUCUUCAUUAAUGGCAGUUGGUUAUAAAAACAAUUACAUUAAAAUAUUUUAAUUUAAAUCAGGAGAUUUCAAACAAAUUCAUGUAUUUACAGAACAUAAAUCUGAUGUACUUUGUUUAUAAUUUAUAAAAACUUAAAUUUCAUUUGUGUCUGGUAGUGCAGACAAAUGUAUUAUAAUUUGAGUUUAGGAUAAUCAUAAAUUAUGGUACAUUUUACAAAGAUUAAGUGGACAUGAGGAAGAAAUAAGUUGUUUGUUAUUGAAUAACAAUGAUGAUUUAAUUAUUACUGGUAGUGCAGAUAAGAGAAUAAGAUUUUGGAUAAAGGAUAAAUCUUGGAAACAUUCAUUUACAUUAAAUUAACAUAAAGGUUAUAUCAUAAGUAUAUGUUUAAAUGAAAGUUAAAAUUUAUUGAUUUCUUUUGCAUUAGAUGAUAAUUAAAUACUUGUUAGUAAAAAUAAAUAUAUAAAGAAUGGAUAGUUAUUUAAAUAAUAGAAAAGGGAGCACAAAGAUUAUGUUUUGUUAAUAAUAAUUUAUUUGCUGUUCAAAAGAAGUUAGCUAAAUAGAUGGUAUUUUAUGAAUUAAAUAAAUGUAAUUAAAAAUUUAUUGAAAAGAAUAAAGUUAAAGUGAAAAGUGGAAAUUAAUGUGAAUGUUUAUUUCCUCAAUAAUAUAUUCCCUAAAAACAGAUAUAGUAAGCAAGAAUGGAUAAAAUAUUAAUAUUAUAAAAGUGA